AUGGGAGGAGCUUCGAAGUGCCUCAUGCUUCUCUCCACUCCAUUCCCACUGCAGAGCCCUCACCCCUCUCUUCUUCCCCGCGUGGGCUCCCACUCUUCUCAGCCCCUCUCAAUCUCGCUCUCUGUCGCCCGCUUCUCAGCCUCGCUCCGUCUCCCCUCUGUUGGCUCCCAGGCUCUGUAUGGAAACCCUCUGAGAUCUGCGGGGAAGGCGCACGGGGAGAGCGCGAGCGUUGGGGAUGAGGCGGGCGAAUCGCCUGGGAAAUGGCCGGAGUGGCGGAAGAUGGUGGAGCAUGUGACCGCCGGUGGAUAUGUGGGCCGGCAGGGGCUUCCAGCGUUUCCGGAGGACGACGAAGAUUCUUUCUCAAUAUGCGGGGAGAUACCGGAGGAGUUCACGAAGGCCGCCAGAGCAUGCCUAUUGUUCGCCCGUGAGCGGCCUGACCUUCUGAGGUGAAAUCUCUUAUUCCUGGACAAUUUUUCUUGUCCCGUUGCUUUAUUUUCUUGAAAUUGGCAGUGAUCCUGCGAAAACUCUCAAUAUGCUCCAUCUGGGUCUGUCCUUCUUUCCAUAGGUCUCUACCGAGGAGGGACGUCGAGGUUCUCGUGGAGAAUGGGUCCCCAUUCUUGUUUAAGAAUGGCGUGAACUCAGUCCGGCGGAUGAAGCAAUUUAUAGACGGCAAUGGAAGUAAUGUGAGCUCAUCAAGCAACCCCGUUCAUCUCUCCUUCUUCUCCUGGUUAUGAACUCCGCAUGCCAAAAUAGUGUCUGAAGCUUGAAUUCUGCACCAUCUUUGCGAGUUAGAGGAUGAAAAUAAAGGGUUGAAGCAUUAAUUUUUUCCAUUUUUGGUAGGAUUGGUUUUUUUUUUCUUGCAAUUUUUGUUCUUAGAACGGUCUCACAUUGAAUGGGAAGUCCAAUUGUGCGUUUAUUUCUCUCGUUGGCAAUCCGAUUUGCGUCACAUUGAAUGAUAAAAAUAUAAAUAUUGGGAAUCUAGUUUCGUAACCCAGGAAAAAGGGGAUUAUCAAACACAUUUAUGAUAAUGGUAGCCUGUGCGAUUUCAGUUUAGAUGAGUGUUUGGAGCUGCAAAUACAUGUGAAUAUCUGUAUUUAUGAGCCAUCUGAGUUGAGAUUCUAGAAAAUCGGUGUUCCUUUUUCUCAUGGAUUUGCCAAUUAAAGACUCAUUUGAUUUGAGAUAAUUAUCUUGAAAGAUCAAUGUUUCCUUUCUCUUCUUGCUCUUGCAGGCUCUUGGGGCCGGGCAAGCCCUCACAGUAGAUGUGAUGAGAUAUCUGCUGAGCUAUGCAUAUGACUCUCAUUACAGAGCUGGAGCUGGUGGAGAGGACAGAAACCCUGACGAGCUUGCAGAAGCCUCUGCCCGGAGCCUGCUCCUUGAGCUGGCCGAGAUCAAUGGGGAUGUUCAGGAAGCCGGACAGACUACAUUGAAAUAUGAACCAUCUCCAGAUCCUCGAGGGGAAAGGGUUGAAAUGAAGAGGGGAGACUGGAUUUCUCCAAAGUAAGACCAGAUAUUCUUUCCUUAUUUGGUUUUGUGUUUGUUACCUUCAAAACCCAGGCCUUUUAUUUUUAUUUUUACUGCAAAAAGAUUUAUUUUUAUUCGUCAUGGAACCAGUGCCGUCGAUUUAAUGCCAUCCCAAUCCUAAUGAUGUGUAAUAAUCCUCACAAACCAGAGAUUUCCUCAUAUUUUCCUAUGGAAAAGCUUUAUUUUAUUGAUGAUCAUGAUGAUGAUCAUCGUCGUUAAUGAGACCAGUAACUGCUGUUAUCCUAUCUAUCUUACGCCAUCUCAAUCCUAGAGAUCUAUCAACAACUUCAGAAAUCAGAAAUUUCAUAAUAGUUUCGGAUAAAAAGCUUUAUUUUAUGGUUUUAUUCGCUGUCAUCAUCGUCGUCAUCAUCAUCAUCAUCAUCAAUGGAACAUUAACAACAUCGUUGAAUAAAGAAGUGAGGUCGUAGAUCUAGGUAAAAAUUACAUCCCUUGAUUCAUAGCAAAUUCUAGAUAUUUCCAUGAAUGGGUUGGACCCAUGUCUAUUUCUCCCAUAUAUCCUGGAGAUGUUCUACCCUAUUUUCCUUUCUAUAGCAUGAAUUUAUUGGGGAAAUAUUUAUGCCUGUUAAUCCAUGUUGCUAUAGCGUCUGCCGUCUUUCAGAUGUAGUUUCAUGGACUCCUCAAGAAAUAUGUAUUGUCUUCAUUGCAGAGAGGAUCGCCCCAGGAGGCAGCUGACCGGUAGAGAGUGGGAGUGCCCCCAGUGAGUCCCACGUUGACUCUAGGCCGGGCAUUAUGCCUACUUUUAGAAAAUUAUGAUCUUUAGUCACUGUCUCAUGCUUGUCCCCAGAUGCGAGUUCUUCAACCACGGGAGAAAUGUCUCCUGCUUGAGGUGCGACCACAAGCGGCCCGAGGAGCUCUCAACCCUGGAAGGAAGGCUGAGAGAUGGUAGAAAUGGUGGGUCGACAGCGAUUAAGGACGCCAUGGGAGAGCAAGAAUCAGAGAAUGUAUCAGAGUCGGCGAUAAGUCGGAGGUUGGACAGGAUUCUUGGGCGCUCAUCUCCGACGACUGAAGCCGCCACAGGGAGCGGCUCUUCGUCUCCGGGAAGGAGAGAUUCCGGGUAUGCCCCCUUUGUGCCUUUGCCUGCGGAUAUGUUCAGGAAGACCCCCCCGCCGGUUGAAGAGAUUUCCACCUCCGGCAAGGUCGAUCGGCUCGCAGAUGCUGGGUUUGGGAAGCCCGAUGGAUCCCCAGUCUCCCAAGGCCUCAGCAGUGGGAAUGCGGGCAAGAUGGCCGGAGGAUCGCCGAGCCCUUCAGAGGGAUGGCCGGAAACCGGCGACGGCGAUGGCUUCCCAGAGAUCAUGCCGAUACGCAAGGGGGAGAACAGGUUUGUCGUCAGCAAGAAGAAGGACCGGUCCCUGACUUCUCCGCAGUACAAGAGGAAGGUCGCCAUGGAGCAGGCCGGAAGCCCCAACUUCGUGCCGUUCGUUCCUUUUCCGCCAGGCUACUUCGCGAGGAAGGACGAGAAACCCUCAGUCGAGGAUUCCGACGGCAGCUCUGUGGCGGACUCUAAUGGCGGAAGCGAGGGAGCUGUUCCUUCUGGAGCCAACAGCUUUGCCCAGCAAGAGGAUGAUUCGUGGAGUGAUGAUGAUGGCGGAGGUUUCAGUGGCGGAUCUCCAGCUGAGGAGGCCGUGGAGAAGAGCCUGGAGGGAUCGGCGGUGACAGAGCCUGAUCCUCUUGACAUGUCGGAGGAGGCCAAGGCGCAGAGAUGGUUCCGCAGAGUCGCUCAGAUCACCGACAUAUCGGAGCUGAGCAAGAUCCCCGACGAGGACUUCCCGGAGAUAAUGCCCAUGAGGAAGGGGAUCAAUCGGUUCGUCGUCAGCAAGAGGAAGACGCCAUUGGAGAGGAGGCUCACCUCGCCGCAGUACAGGAGGAACUUGCCCGUUGUCAGCUCCGAGGAGCCCGAGGAAGACUCAACCGGGGAGUACCCGUCCUGGGAAGAAAAAGAAAAUAACAAUUACAACGAUUUAUAG